AUGGACAAGUACACCACCGCGGUGGUGAACUUCCUGAAGGAUCAUCCCGCGGUGUGCGACCUGCACUUCACGAAGCGCGACGCGGUCGCGAGCACGGCGCUGCACGCGUGGGAGACGUCGAACUGCCCGCUUCGACUGCCCGACGAUUUGAAGGCGUUCCUCCUGUUGUCCGACGGGUUCUCGCUUCGAUGGGACGUGCGCGUCGGGAGGCAGAAGCGCCACGCGCUCGGGUGCAUGGCGCUGAACGGCGUGAAAGCGAUGCGCGCGCUGCCGCUGGACGCGUCGCCCGAGGACGACCGCGGCGACGGCCCGGUCGUCGUCCGCGGAAGCGGGGCGUUCGAUUCGUCCAACGCGACCCCGCUCGCGGCGUUCGACCUCGACGCGUCCUGCGCGUACGGUCGCGUCGCGCUCGUGUUCGUGUCCAAGGAAGUCGCGAAGGCGCCGGACGCGACGUCCUCGAGCGGGCGGGAGACGUCGGACGCGAAGCCGCGGCCGCCCGUCGUUCGAAAGACCGAGGCGCAGGUGUGGUUCCAGGAUCUCGCCGCGCGGUGGCACCCCAUCGCGGGGUCGUUCUCGGAGUACUUCCGCGUCAUGGCAUCGCACUUGGGGCUGCCGAACUGGCAGUACGCGUUCACGGACAUCGGGUUAGACCCCGCGGCGAAGCAGUGGUUCUCGCUCCUCGCGCCGACGCGGCUGGCGGUUGAUUUAGACCGCGCGCGCUUGAAGCGCGCUAAGCGACGGCCGAGGAGCGGGGCGAGCGUCGGCGGCGGGAAGGGAAGCGGCGCGAAGCCUCGAGCGCCGUCGUCCGCGAGACCGACGAUGAAGCUGACGUCGCCGAUGAAGGCGUCCGAGACGGGCGGGAGCGGGAGCGGGAGCGGGAGCGGGAGCGGCGGCGCGGCGGCGGCGGCGGCGGUCGCGAGAGCGAAAGCCGCCGGCGGGGGGUGGGCGAAGACCUCCGCGGCCAGCGCCCGCCCGGGGUCCACCAGCGGGGGCGGGGCCAAGGCGAGGGUCUCGUCGACGAGUAGCGCGGGCGUUGGGCGCGUCGCUCGACCGUCGAGCACGUCCGAGUACGCGAAGAAGCCGCAGAUGCGAUGA